AUGACUCGUAGUCGAAACGUCCGUCUCUACCGCGCGUGCCAGCGGUGUCGCCAGCGGAAACUGAAAUGUGAUCCGACAAAUUUGUCGGAUGGAACAAGAUCCUCAUGUACAGAAUGUCUUCGCGCCGGCGAUGCGUGUAUUCUGGCCGGGUCGCGGCGCGGAGGCGACUUCUCGCGAUUUCGACGCUCACCGCAGAAGCAAGGACCUACGCCACCCCUUAGUAGCGUCGACGCGGACCACGGACUGGCAAGCCGGCAGGGUGGAGAUCAUGGGGAAAGAGCUGAAGAUCCCAUUUAUGCUGAUUUAACAAACGCCGACGAUGCGCUCCAGAUUCUCGCUCGACUCGCGGCGAACGACCCCCGGCCCUCCGAUCAUCCAAACGACUCGACAUCCCGGGAUUUCCAUCAAACGAGUCCCUUUGCUGGUGAUAGAACACUUGUCCCUUCGCAGGCCCCCGUUUUCCUGUCGACGCUCUCCGAAACGGAAACAUUGGUGAUCGGGGUGUUGGGCACGGACACCGUGGCCCGCCUAAUCAAUCACUACGCUACAAAUUACCAUACCUUCUGUCCCCUCGCAUCUAGAAGGCUUCUGGCGGCAACGGACCCGAGCAAGGCAGCGGUGGACGAGCCAUUCCUGCUGACAGUGAUUCUGACCAUCGCAUCCAAAGACGAGCAAUCAUACCGCGAUAUUCACCAACAUUGCUGGCGCGCUCUGAAACAGCAUUUACUGGAUAUACUGUUGGUCGCGCCAUCAACCGUAAAUGUCGGGUCAGUCGAGGGUCUCCUGCUUCUCGCAGAGUGGGUUCCUUACUUGCAGCUCCAAACCCCUGCCUAUCCCGAGCUCUUCCCCGGGAACCUGAGCGCGGUCGAGGAUAAUAUGGCCUGGUCACUUAUUGGCCAGGCCAUCUCCAUGCGCAUGGGACAGUUGUUCUGGUCGCAUGGGCCUUCUCUCUCAACUUGCUUUACAGUUGAUGACUUUCCAAGUCUGCGGCUCAGUUCGGACGCACAACACAACUAUGCACUGGUGCUACAGGCCACUCUUGAACUCACACAACUGCUUCACAACGUGCACGACAUUUUGUAUUCGUCUACUGAACGAAGAAACCAGAUGGUUCGGCGAGGGGACUACAAUCGCUAUUUGGACGAUUUCCGGCACUCCAUGUCCGCGUGGCAAGACCGUUGGGAUGAUCUGGAGACAUCACCAAAGCUGGAAAGCACGCUGCGUAUUUUCAAAGAAUACGUUCGCUUGUAUACUAAUGCCUUCUCUUUCCAAUCACUCCUUUCCAGGACUGUCCACCACAACCGCCUCGGUGGAGACACGGCUCCCGCAAGGACUUUGGAAUCAAAAAGUGCCCCAUCACUGUUUCCCCAGGGCAUCAUGUCGACUGCAGAGGGUGCAUACAUGCUCGAAGCAGUGGAUGCUGCCCGCAAUAUCCUGACAGUAGCCAGCCAGACAAGCCCUGAGGCGCGUCUUCGCUAUAUGCCAUUCCGCUUUUACGUGUAUCAGCAGCCUGCAACUGGAUAUAUGCAAGGAUGGGCUCUCGCUUCUUUGACCUUGGCCUUUAUGUCUAUCUGCCUCGUGCUAGCUAUUGAUAAUACCAUUCUAGCGACGGCGAUACCCCACAUCACCAGCGACUUCAAAAGCCUCAACGAUAUCGGCUGGUAUGGCUCUUCCUACUUGAUCGCGCAGAUGGCACUGCUGCCGACCUGCGGCUGCCUCUACGCAUUCUAUAAUAUUAAGUGGGUGUACUGUAUCUCGCUGGCCGUCUUCGAAAUCGGCUCCAUCGUCGCGGCAGUCGCGCCGAACUCGAUGGCGCUUAUCAUAUGGCGAGCAGUCUCUGGCAUCGGCGCGGCUGGUUUGGUGAGCGGGACGACAACUAUUCUGUCGUAUUGCGUGUCGUUGAAAAAGCAGGCGAUGCUGUCGCCUAUCGUCCUGGGCAUGUACAACAUUGGAUCGGCUAUUGGACCACUCGUGGGUGGUGCGAUAACCGAUAAUAAGGUGCUGACUUGGCGGUUUAUUUUCUGGAUCAAUCUCCCCUUCGGAGCUGUUGGGCUGGUUCUGGUCUGGUUCACCUUAAGGAAACCUCCACCCGCAGUAAAGGGGGACCUACCCUGGGGCCAAAAGUUACGUCAACUUGACCUUCCAGGGGCUACUCUGCUGCUCGGUGCAACCGUGUGUUUGAACUUGGCAUUGCAGUGGGGUGGCAUUGUCUACCCAUGGUCUGAUGCCAAGGUGUUCGGCGCGAAUAUCCCUCUUCGCAUCUUUCAAAGUCGUACCGUCUCGGCAUCAUGCGGCUUCAUGAUGCUCGUUCAGGUGGCUAUAGUAGUGCAAUCGUACUUUUGGCCCAUAUACUUCCAGUCGGUCAGGAACACCAGUGCCAGAGACUCGGGGAUCAAUCUACUCCCAUUGAUCGUGUCCAACAGCCUCGGCACGCUCUGCGCGGGCUCUAUCGCGUCGAGAUUCGGGCACUAUGUACCGUUCAUGUGGGUCGGACCUCUCGUCUUGGCUACCGGAGGGGGUCUAUAUCAACUAGUCCGUGCCGACAGUCCGCUCGGACAGUGGAUAGGGUUCCAAAUCCUGUCUGGGCUUGGCUAUGGCAUCUGUAGCCAGAUGCCGAUCCUGGCGGUGCAGGUUGUCCUCAGCAAGCCAGAUAUCCCAACGGGCCUUGUCAUGAUCAUGUUUUUCCAGAUCCUUGGGGGCGCGCUGGCUCCUAGCGUGGGGCAGAACCUCUUCACCGAUGGGCUUCUGCGAAAUCUCAGCAAGGUGCAGGGAAUAGAUGGUGCGGUUGUAGUGGCGGCCGGUGCAAGUGGUUUCAGGGAGAUAGUUCCUCCCGAGCUGCUGAGUGCCGUCGUGGAUGCAUUUAAUUCUGCUUUACGGAACGUGUUCUGGGUGGCGCUUGCUACGCCAGCCCUUGCUUGGAUAACAAGCUUCGCAAUGGAGUGGCGGCAAUUGCCUGACUCUAAGAGACAGGUUACCCAAACUCCAGCCGAGGAGGACGUGGAGAAAUAG